AUGGCCGACUUUGUAAAGGGACUUUUUGGUGGGCAGAAGCCUGUGCAGGCUCCAGUUGCCGGCGAUGAUGGUACGUAUUACUUCGCAGACUAUGCGGGCGCUCCUGAACCCACGCCAGCAGCCAUCACGUCCUUCACCGACACCGCGACGCAAGCAGCGCCUACCUCGACCCUUGGCCAGCGCCCCUACACGGCAUGGUACCGCGUGUGGGAGCGCACGACCAUCGACGACUUCAAGCUCGAGAUGUACAUCCUACCCUUCCUCGUCGCGCUUGUAGUUGUGCAUGUCUGGGGCACAAAGAGGAAUCGCACCAAGGCAAGAGCUUGGAUGAAAGCUCAUGCGCCAAUCUUGACGCACGAGUUUGUCCAGGUCGGCUACACGCGCCCGCAAGCUUCAGCAGAGGAUGUCGCGGUUCAGCAGGCGCUCGAUACGGCUGCCGACUCAGACAAUAUGCUCCGCGAGAAGAAGGCCGACGAGUACCAAACGUACGCGACUGGACGCCAGAACGUUGCGUUUGUCGACUUCAAGCUUACUCUCGCCAAGCGAUUCAACCCCUUUAUGCGCAUCGGCGAGAACCUCAUCCCUCUGUUUCUCGAGAGCUUCCCUGCACCACAGGAGCGUCUAGAGGCUACCGCAUACGUCUUCGAUGGCCAAGAGACAAAGGUUGCGCCGGUGUACGGCAAGGGUGAUGCGAAGAAGGUCUCCAACAGCGCUUUUGACGGCUUUGUCUUUGCUAUCGUUCACAAGGACAUCAUGAAGCGCCUUCGCGACGAGCGCUACGAUUUGUCUCUCACCACGACGCGCGAUCACGCUAAGCUCCCUGUCUGGACUACAGUUAUGAGCGAAAGCGCAGAGGUCACGGAUACGCUACUCACUCCUGAGCUCAUCAAGGCUAUCAAUGAGGCUGGUGACAGCUUCGAGGCGCUCGUUGUGAGCGAUCAGCCCCUGGAUCAGCCCAAGACCCUCGAUGACACGAAACCUCGCAAGCGUAUAAACCUUUCUCUCAAGUUGACCAACGACCACACCUCGACGCUCCCGAUCUUCACCUACUUCCUCCGCUUAUCUGACCACCUCGUCUCGUCGGCGCACUUCCGCCCAGAAGCCCUGCGCCGCAUUCGCCAAACGCGCGACGAGCAAAUUGCGAAAAUCCGGAGGGCGGACGAUGAGGAGAAGGCCGAAGAACGCAAGAUUGCGGCAGACAAGCUCAAGAGAGAGCAGCGUGACGCCAAGCUCGGAAGACUGAGCGCGGACGAGCAGAGGAAGUUCCUGGAGAAGGAGAGGGAGAGGAAUGCGAAGAAGGGGCAGAAGAGGAGUACCAUCAAGGCGUAA